GAGUCUGUGUUAGCAGAAAUGGCAAAGCGUACGGCAGAAGACGAUGACCAGCCUCAAGCGCUGAAGGCGGGUGAGAGACCCGUCGGCAACGGUGGCGUCGCAGAAGGUGACGAGUUCGAGGAUGAAUUCGAGGACGAGUAUGAAAGCGAAGACGAAGUCCUGGAAGCUGGCGUCGACGGUCGGCCGGACGCUGAACGAGAAGCUGACGAGCGAGCAAGCGGUGCCAUGGAUGUGGACCGGGAGACGUUCAUACCUGGACGCCAUAAGCUGGAUGCAGGCCAGACUUUGGCUCCCGAUCUGUCCACGUACGAGAUGUUGCAUACGUUAGAGCCGACUUGGCCAUGUCUGUCCUUUGACAUUGUCAAGGACAACUUAGGUGAUAACCGCAAAUCGUAUCCUGCAACAGUAUAUGCAGUGGCAGGAACGCAAGCAGCCCAAGGCCGAGAACGAGAGAAUCAGAUCCUCGUUAUGAAGCUCUCCGGGCUAUCCCGAAAUGAUCAAGCUGCGAACAUUGAGUCCGACGAUGAAGAGGACGACGACGAGGUCACGACCGAUCCGAUACUCGAAACGAAAACGAUACCGUUGGGUUCCACAACGAAUCGCAUACGAGCACAUCAAUCUCCGCAAGCAAGUGCAUCAGCACCCGGUACCACACUGACGGCAGCAAUGCAAGAAUCCGGCGAAGUUUUGAUUCACGAUGUUACGCCUCACCUAAGCGCCUUCGAUACGCCGGGCUUUCAGCUAUCGCCGAACGCAUCGAAACCGUUGUGCACUAUUCGCGUGCACAAGAGGACCGAAGGAUACGCUCUGGACUGGUCGCCGCUCGCACCUGCCGGCAAACUUCUCACUGGCGACACAGCUGGCCAGAUCUUUGCAACAACCCGCACCGAAGGUGGUGGCUUCGUCACGGAUACCAGCGCAUACACAAGUCACGCCGGCAGCGUCGAAGAGCUACAAUGGAGUCCCACAGAGCGUAACGUCUUUGCUUCCGCUUCUUCUGAUGGGACGGUCAAAGUUUGGGACGCGCGAUCGAAAAGCCGCAAGCAUGCCAUCAGCGUCAAGGUCUCCGACAGCGACGCCAAUGUACUGUCGUGGUCGCAUCAGACCCCGCAUCUACUCGCAUCCGGGCACGAAGACGGGACUUGGUCUGUUUGGGAUUUGCGGCAGUGGAAGACGCCCGACACGGCCGCCGCUUCGAAACCGGUGGCAAACUUCUCCUUCCACAAGGAGCAGAUCACAAGUCUUGAGUGGCAUCCAACCGAUGACAGUAUUGUCUCGGUUUGCGCAGGCGACAACACGCUUACGUUGUGGGAUCUUGCCGUUGAGCUGGAUGAUGAGGAGAGCAGGUACACUGCUGAUGUAAAGGAUGUCCCACCGCAGCUGUUGUUCGUGCAUUACAUGGACCAGCUUAAAGAGUGUCACUGGCAUCCACAGAUUCCUGGGGCGGUAAUGGCGACGGGUGGAAGUGGGUUUGGAGUAUUCAAGACAAUCAGCGUGUAGACCUGGCCAUGUGUGAGUCCGCCCCGGGUCAUGGCAGAUAUGGACAUCCUUCGACUUGCGCAGAAAGCCAAGCACACGCAAUCUUGUUGACCGAAUCCGGACAGCCGGCAAGCUUAGCGGCUAGUGCUUCUAGUGCUUAAUCAGAGAAUAAUGUAAUCAAGAUACAGUAUUAAGCGUUUCGACGAUCAAGCUUCUCUGCGCGUCUUCGCUCUUUAGGUUCCGCCGUUAUCGCUUGCCUAAUAACAAGAAUCCUACGAAGCCAACGGUCCAAUGACUACGCUAAAUAAAAUUCACGAUAUCC